AUGUCACAUUCUAGGAAACCCAUUACCGAGUUAGGGCUCAGCGAUCGCUUCCGUGACUCACUGAGUUGCGGCGACGACGCUAACAAGCCCGAUUUCCGAGAACUCGAUCUGGGUUCCCCCGUUUCGCCAUUGCGGACCCGACACAACCAGAGUGCAGCAGCAGCCACCAGUAGCAGCAGCAGCUCCGGUUCGACCGGUUCGGUUUCCGGCCGAACCGGGAACAACCAGGUUGCGAAGAGAUCCCAUUCCGGCGAGCUAUCCGGGUCCAGUGAGAACAACAGCCCCACCCGGAGUUUCAAACCGGGUCAUCGGAGAUCCGAUUCGGGUACCUUGCAGCCGUUAAUCUAUUCCGGCCAAAGCCAGAGAUCCCCCUCCUCCUCCUCCGUCCCCGCCUCCUCCGCCGCCGUGAAUUCGCCGCCGCUGAACGUUCUUCCUGCCGGAAAUAUAUGCCCGUCUGGCAGGGUUCUCAAGGCCGGCAUGGCGGCGGCACCGAGCCGCAGCUCUCGAACCGAUGUUUUGGGCUCCGGCAUGGGGAAUUACGGCCAUGGAAGCAUAAUGCGGGGUGGAAGAGGUGGCUGCGUAGCCGCAGGAGAGGCAGCGAGUGCGAGGUUGAGUGAUUCUGUGAAGAGGGUGGAUCCAGAAGAGGUGAAGAGAGCAGGGAAUGAAGAAUACAAGAAGGGGCACUUUGCGGAGGCAUUGAGCCUGUAUGAUCGGGCAAUUUCGUUGUCUCCCGGCAAUGCCUCCUACCGGAGCAACCGCGCGGCGGCAUUGACCAGUAUGGGACGGUUGGCGGAGGCGGUGAGGGAGUGUGAGGAGGCUUUGAGGUUGGAUCCUAAUUAUGCAAGGGCACAUCAGCGUUUGGCCACUCUUUUUCUUAGGUUGGGAUAUGUUGAGGAUGCUAGGAAACACCUAUGUUAUGGCGGGCUUCGGCCGGAUCCUUCAGAGUUGCAGAAGUUGCAGAUAGUGGAAAAGCAUAUUAGGAAAUGUGUAGAUGUGAGGAGAAUAGGAGAUUGGAAAAGUGUUCUGAGGGAAGUUGAUGCUGCUGGUGCUGCUGGUGCAGACUCUUGUGUUGGGCUAUUUAUGUGUAGAGCAGAGGCACUUCUGAAGCUCCAUCAAAUUGAUGAUGCCGAAUCAAGUUUAUUGCAUAUACCCAAAUGCGAAGCGAAUACCAUUUCCUCAUCACAGGCAAGAUUCUUUGGGAUGCUCUCCGAAGCUUAUUGCUACUUAGUUAGAGCUCAGAUUGAGAUUGCUUUAGGAAGGUUUGAGAAUGCAGUUACUGCUGCUGAGAAAGCAAGUCAGAUUGAUCCCCGAAAUGUUGAAGUUGCUGUUUUGCUCAACAAUGUAAGGAUGGUGGCAAGAGCUCGAGCACGUGGGAAUGAUCUUUUUAAGUCAGAAAGGUUCACUGAGGCAUGCUCAGCAUAUGGUGAAGGUUUGAGGCUUGACCCUUCAAACUCUAUUCUCUAUUGCAAUAGAGCAGCAUGUUGGUUUAAGCUUGGGCAAUGGGAAAGUUCCAUUGAAGACUCCAAUCAAGCUUUACAUAUCCAACCAAAUUACACAAAAGCCAUUCUUCGAAGGGCUGCCUCAUAUAGCAAGUUAGAAAGGUGGGAAGAAGCAGUAAAAGAUUACGAGCUCUUGCGUAGAGAACUACCGGAUAACAAUGAAGUUGCUGAGGCUUUGUUUCACGCACAAGUUGCAUUAAAGAAAUCUCGUGGGGAAGAAGUGCAUAAUUUAAAAUUUGGUGGUGAAGUGGAGAACAUAUCAGGCCUUGAGCAGUUUAGAGCUGCAAUUUCUUUACCAGGUGUUUCGGUUGUCCAUUUUCAAGUCGCAUCCAACUUGCAUUGCAAGCAAAUAUCACCAUUUGUGGAUACACUAUGUGGUCGCUACCCAUCUAUUAACUUCCUCAAGGUGGAUAUUCAAGAAAGCCCAACAGUUGCUACUGCUGAGAAUGUUAGGAUUGUACCAACCUUCAAGAUCUACAAAAAUGGCAGUCGCGUGAAGGAAAUCGUAUGCCCUAGUCGUGAAAUGUUGGAACACUCUGUUAGGCAUUACAACUUGUAGAACUCAUUACUUGUUCUGUUUCUCUGUUGUCUACUGCAUUUCUAUCUUGCUGUCUAUGCCUGCACUAGAACUCUCCAAUGUUCAUCCAGUCUUAUAUUCCCACCAUAAAUUGAUCUCCUGAUACCUGUUACAUAGACAGAACCACAUAAUAAACAUGUUAGCAUCCAGCGCCAGUGGAACCUUAAGAGAUACUCUAGACCUAGUUCCUUUUGCAGUUUUUAUUUAUUCAUUCAUUCGUCAUUGCUCUCUGGUUCCAUGUUCCUCCAGCUUUCCCCUUGUCAAUUUUCUUUACUCUUCUCCUUUCCAGUUCAUGUAGGCCAGUUGUUCUUGUAUCCCCAUUUUCUUUAUAGAAAAAGGGCAAAUUCAGAUGCAUAGGGCUCCCCGACUUUAUGGUUGAAAAAAAAAUAAAAAUAAGAGAUCCUUUUUAUGAUUGUACAAUUGAUUAAAUUGUCAGUUUUUAUCACCUUUAGGAUAGAUAAAUAGACAGAUAUAGAAGGAAGGAAGGAAGGGGAGGUUGGUCUGCUGUUAAAGGAGGAUCUGUAGAUGUAUAUAUGUGAUUAUAUCCUAAACACUGGAAGCCUUUGAAGGAGGAGAUAAGGAUGUGUGGUGGGUACCUACUGGGUUGGUGAAA